UGUCAGUGAGGGGCGGGGAUCACCGCGGAGCUCCACCCUCCUCCAGGCUGCCGUCACCGGGGCUGCCUGCUGGACCGGAGCCACUCGGCACCAACAACCAGCCACUGGCUGCUGCUCCGUGCUGAGUGAAGACUCGGUGCAGCCAGGAGCCUCCCCGCCGUCUCUGCCCGUCAAUUCUCUCGGUCCACGGUUAACGACAUGGCCUCCGACGGCACGGACGAGCGAUCUCCUCUGCUGUCGGGUCCCAACUCCGAGAACGUCACCCCCACUGCUCCCCCGUACCUGCAGGAUUCAAGUCCCCGAGCCGAACUACCUCCUCCCUACACAGCCAUCGCCAGCCCUGACGCCGGCGGUGUGCCUGUCAUCAACUGCCGCGUAUGUCAGUCGCUCAUAAACCUGGAUGGAAAGCUGCAUCAGCACGUGGUUAAGUGCACAGUCUGCAAUGAAGCUACACCCAUCAAGAACCCCCCAACAGGGAAGAAAUAUGUGAGGUGUCCCUGUAACUGCCUGCUCAUCUGUAAAGACACGUCCAGGAGGAUAGGAUGUCCUCGACCAAACUGCAGACGCAUAAUCAACCUGAGCCCGGUGAUGGUUAUCCCAGAGGAGCAACCCGCCCAGCCGGCACUGCCCAUCCAACCUGAAGGGAUGAGGGUGGUCUGCGGUCACUGUGGCAACACCUUUCUUUGGAUGGAGCUUCGGUUUAACACGCUAGCCAAGUGCCCGCACUGCAAAAAAAUAUCCUCUGUUGGCAGUGCGCUUCCUAGGAGGCGUUGUUGUGCUUAUAUUACUGUAGGAAUGAUCUGCAUUUUCAUUGGAGUGGGUUUAACAGUUGGUACUCGGGACUUUGCCAAUCGUUACAAUGCCACCUACGUGUCCUGGGCGUUCGCCUACCUGCUGGGUCUCAUCUGUCUGAUACGAGCCUGCUACUGGGGUGCUAUCAAAGUCAGCUACCCGGAGAAUAGCUUCGCCUAGAGCAGGCUCGGCACAGCUGGAAAAACAAACCACAUUUUUAGUUUUUUUCCAUCUUGUUUAGAUUUCAAACCGGCCAUGUUCAGCAGAGUGGAAGGUCUGCAGAGCGACUGGACAGGAGUGUGUUAAAGAGGUGUAUGUUGGAGAUGUAUCUUGUUGUAUUUGUGUGUAGAAUGUUCAAAACAGUUUUGACUCGCUGAACAAAUCUAAUGUAUGUUGAUCAGUCCUCCUAUAGUCCACAAGGACUCAAAUCCUGGCCAGGUUUUGCCACAAUCCUCCAAAAUCCAGAAUCAUGAAUUAAAAAAAAACUGUGGUUUUCUUUUUUUUUUCUUAAUGAAGAUUUAGAUUUAAAAAAAACAUUAGUUUAGCAACUUGGUUGGAUUUGGUCUUUCUGGACCAGUUUUCUUUUGUGUUUUUCGGCACUUGAUUUCUUUUAUUACUGACCAGACCAAAAUGAGACACCCUCCUAAGAACAGUUUACCCAUUGCACUACAAUUAUAUGCAAUUGUAUGUGUUGUUUUGCUGCUAGUUUAACUCCUGCUACAGAAAGCUGCAUACCCAUAUUGUAUUGUAACCAUUUACCUUGCCUAUGUACACUGACAUAGUAUUGCAUUAUGAUUUUAACUUUUGAAAUGAUCACUUUUUAAAAGAAAUCCUUAAAUACCCAUGUGUGCCAACUUUGCUGCCCAGUAUUAGUCAAGACGAGCAAAAGAUCAGCAGGAGCUUGUUUUUUUUUUUUUUCUCAUCAGUGUUAUUUUUUUCUGAUAAAUCCAUGCAGCUUUGAACUUACAACAGCAAUAACCCUUUUAUUUGAGUUAUUUUGAACCGUACCUCCCUAUGUUCUUCACUGCGUUUCCGUUGCCUUCUCACUAGUGGAAAAUGAUCCCACAACAUGGGGACUUAGUUUGCAUGUUGACUUGUUUCUGCUCUGUCUAAGGUGGUGUUUUUUUCAGUUUUCAGAGAGGUAGCUGAAGCUUCUGAUGCUCCUGUCUUUGCUCCUUCUGCCUGUGAGUUAGAAUUAUAUAAUCGCUGCUCUCUGACCUCCGGUGAACUCUCUUGCUAUAGGCUAACUCAGCAUCCGUCUCUCGACAUUUACCAGUGGGCACAGCUCAAACUUCUAACCUUGUUUUGAAUGUGAUGAUUAUGAUGAUGAUGAAGCAGAAAAUAAUGUUAAAAAAAAUACUGUACUCUUUGUACAUAGUUCAAAUUCAGUACUUGGAAAACUGUAGUGAGCGGUGAAAGAAGAAAGAAGGUUGCUCGUGGGUCUUUUUAAAAAUGAUAAUUUAUCAAUAAAAUGCAAAAACUGCCUGUAUUGUUCUGUUUGCACAUUGGCUUUGAAGACAUACAAGAUUCAAACAAACGGGAUGUACUUAAGUAAUUUUGAGAAACUUACUUUUCCAUUAUUUCCAUUUAUU